AUGACUUCUCAACGGUCAGAAGAAUCUUUGCAGGGCGAAAAGGAAGACAUCGGGGAGGCCAACGCAGUCAACCUUCUUCGACCUUUGCACCUUCAGCUCGAUACUGGUGAGGAGUAUACCAAAUUUCGUCAAAAAUGGUGGCAGUUGUGGUUACCUAAGGACCCACCACCUCCAGCUCUCCCGUCUCUGGAGGAUGCAGCACUGACGCCUUUGGUCAAUGCUUCCAUUUUCUCUCAGCUCACAUACACCUGGGUAACCGAUAUAAUUGUUCUUGGAUAUCAACGCACGUUGCAAGCGUCUGAUCUAUAUAAGCUGGACAAAUCUAGAGAGUCAGCCGCCCUUGCCGCUAAACUUGAAGCUGCAUGGCAGCAGCGUGUUAGGGCAGCAGCCGACUGGAAUGCACGUCUUGAGAGUGGAGAACUCAGGCCAUCUCUUUUCAAGCGUACCGGCUGGGCCUUGAGUGCAAUUUCGAGGAAACAAGGCACGACUUGGUCUGAGCGACGUGCAGCGUUUCAGAAACAUUGGCGAGAAUCCGCAGGGCGGAAAGAGGCCAGUCUUACUUGGGCUUUGAACGAUGUCUUUCUCAGUAUGUUCUGGAUCGGAGGUGCAUUCAAGGUCUUUGGCGACACGGCACAGCUCAUGGGUCCCAUAAUCCUUCGGAAAAUCAUCGAUUUUGUGGAGAAGCGUUCCGCUGCAAUUGUUGCCGGAGAACCUGUUCCAAAUAUCGGUCGUGGUAUCGCUAUGGCUGUUGGGCUCUUUGUGCUCACCUUGGCGGCGAGCAUCUCCAACCACCAGUUCUUUUGGCGUUCAAUGGUAGUAGGCGUACUGGCUAGAGCCGCACUGAUAACGUGCAUUUACGAACGUGGAGUGAACCUCACAGGCAAAGCACGUGUGAAGCUUGACAACGCCGUGCUGGUCAACCAUAUUUCCACAGACGUGAGCAGGAUUGAUGCGGCUGCUCAGUGGUUUAUGACUUAUUGUUCUCAAGCCUGGACCGCGCCUAUUCAAAUCAUAGUUUGCUUAAUCAUUCUCUUAACCCAGCUCGGGCCGUCUGCGCUUGCGGGUUUCUCGUUAUUUGUCCUCAUAAUUCCGUUUCAACAGCGGUUAAUGGCACUGCAGCAUCGUAUUCGCUUAGGGUCGAUGAAAUGGACUGAUCAACGAGCCAAGGUCCUGCUAGAGAUACUCGUGGCCAUACGUGUUGUCAAGUAUUUCUCGUACGAGAUCCCAUUCCUUCGAAAAAUAUUCGAGCUUCGAAAGAAGGAACUGCGUGGCAUCCGACGGAUUCUUCACGCGAAUUCUGCGAACUUAGCACUCGCUGCUUCCCUCCCAGUCCUUGCUGCUACACUAGCUUUCGUCACGUACACCCUUACAGCGCACCACUUCGACGCUGCCGUUAUAUUCAGUUCACUGAGUCUGUUUCAGCUUCUCCGGCAACCAAUGCUCUUCAUGCCUCGCGCUCUAUCGGGUAUCCCUGAUGCAUCCAGUGCGAUUCAGCGGCUCACGCACGUGUUUCACGCAGAGCUUAUCUCUGGAGAUACACUUGUGGUCGACAAGGACCAAGAACCCGCGCUUCUGGUGAAGGACGCGACGUUUGAAUGGGAGUCGUUCGCGAAGCAUUCUGGUGAUGCUUUGAGCUCGAAGAAUGGCGCACACGGCAAUGGUAGUCUACCGAAGGAGAAGGAAGACAUGGCGAAGGAAAAGCCCACUGCUGGAAAGGAAGCCUCCCUCUUUAAGGUAAAGAAUGUGACCAUGACCAUCCAACGAGGUCAGCUCGUCGCUGUGGUUGGGCCUGUCGGAAGCGGCAAGUCCAGUUUAUUGCAAGGUCUAAUAGGAGAGAUGAGGAAGGUCUCCGGGCAUGUCUCGUUUGGCGGGCGCAUUGGUUAUUGUCCACAGACCGCAUGGAUCCAGAAUGCUACGUUGCGCGAUAAUAUCACUUUUGGCCAACGAUUCGAGGAAGACAGAUACUGGCGUGUUGUUGAGAUCACUUGUCUACUUCCUGAUCUCCAACUGCUCCCAGAUGGGGAUUUGACCGAGAUCGGAGAAAAGGGGAUCAACCUCAGUGGUGGCCAGAAGCAGAGAGUCAAUCUUGCUCGUGCCCUGUACUUUGACCCUGAAGUUGCCAUCCUUGAUGACCCGCUCUCAGCAGUGGAUGCUCACGUUGGAAAAUCCAUAUUUCAAGAUGUCAUCGUUGGUGCCCUGCGAAAUCAUGGCAUUACCGUCAUUCUGGUCACGCAUGCGAUCCACUUCCUCUCUCAAGUAGAUUACAUCUAUACCUUGAACAACGGCGUCGUUACGGAGAGCGGGACCUACGAGGAACUAAUCUCCCGCAGCGGAGACUUUGCGCGUUUGGACCUGGAGUUCGGUGGACAUGUGUCAGGGGAGAAUGAAGGCCAGGCAAAGGAAGUCACUCCGCAAACAGGUAUUACCAUCGAGGAUGUGAAGUUGAAGUCAGGACAUGCCAGAAAAGGGGCUACUGGCAGUGGCAAACUCGAAGUGUACUGGACCUAUUUGGUUGCGGGACGCGUUUCAAUAACAGGUCCUCUACUUCUUUUCUUCGUCCUUGCGAUGCAGGGAAGCCUGAUCUUGAACUCGUACGUGCUAGUUUGGUGGGAGAGCAACAAAUUCGAGCGACCAAACUCAUUCUAUCAGACGCUGUACGGCUGUCUAGGACUUGCUCAAGCGAUCUUCACUUUUUUCCUUUGUGUCGGAAUGGAUAUCGUGUCUUCUUGUGCAUCUCAAAACCUGCACCACAGGUCCGUUCGUAACGUCUUUCAUGCGUCAAUGUCCUUUUUCGACACUACAUUAUUGCUGUGUUCUUCAUCGCUCUUGGUUAUGGCUACUUCGCUGCGUUUUAUCGAGCCGGUGCUCGUGAGGUUAAACGCCUGGGUUUGUCGUUACUCUGUGCUCCGCUCUCUUCUGUAUGCCCACUUUUCGGAGACUCUGACAGGACUUCCUACCAUCCGAAGCUACGGAGAAAUGAAGCGGUUCAUUAUCGCCAAUAGACACUACGUUGAUCUGGAGGACAGGGCUUUAUACCUCGUGGUUACAAACCAGAGAUGGCUUGCAGUAAGGUUGGACUUCAUGGGAGGCAUAUUAGUCUUCAUUGUUGCUCUCCUCGCGGUCAUCGACGUCUCCGGGAUAAAUGCAGCCCAGAUAGGCUUGGUACUGACGUAUACCACCUUGCUGACACAGACGUGUACUCAGUUAACCAGACAAACAGCAGACGUCGAGAAUCACAUGAAUGCAGUGGAACGAUCCCCAGCGCAAUGGCCCGAACAUGGCGCGGUCGAAUUCAAUGAUGUUAAAAUGGCAUAUCGGCCGGGCCUUCCCAAUGUAUUGAGGGGAAUCUCGAUCAAGGUCAGGGGAGGCGAAAAGAUAGGUGUUGUGGGAAGGACUGGUGCUGGUAAAUCUUCGUUAAUGCUCGCACUGUUUCGAAUCGUUGAGUUGUCUGGCGGUUCAAUCACUGUCGAUGGUGUCGAUAUAUCUACAAUUGGUCUUAAAGAUCUCCGCUCCAAGAUUUCUAUUAUCCCGCAAGACCCUCUUCUGUUUAGUGGGACCAUGCGCUCCAACCUGGAUCCAUUCUCCCAACACAGUGACGCGGAGCUGUGGGAUGCGCUACAACGAUCUUGUCUGCUCGACCCUAGCAUCACUUCGAAUCAGUCAUCUUCCAUUGAUGACGUCAGAAUCGAGCAAGCUUCCACCAGCCGCCACGGCCUUGACAGCAUCAUUGAAAUUGAGGGAGCGAACCUCAGUGUUGGGGAGAGAUCUCUACUCAGUCUGGCACGUGCGCUGGUGAAAGACUGCAAAGUUGUUGUGCUUGACGAGGCCACAGCCUCUGUCGAUCUCGAUACUGAUAACAAGAUCCAGCACACAAUCCAAACGGAAUUCCAGAAUCGCACGCUACUUUGCAUUGCUCACCGACUUCGAACCAUCAUUUCGUACGACCGGAUUCUGGUCCUCGAUGCUGGCCUUGUUGCAGAAUUUGACACACCAUCCAAUCUCUUUAAAAUGGAGGGCGGACUUUUCCGCGGAAUGUGUGAGAGGAGUAAUAUCUCAUUGACAGAUAUAGAGAUGAGUAGAGGGGUCUGA